UAUUUGUAUGUAGUUUUUUAUUCUUUGAGUUGGUGUUUCAGUUGAUUUUAUGGAUUUGUACUCGCUAUUCACGUGCAUUACAUGGUGCACACCAUGUGGUUGUAAAUAUGCCUCUUCUAAAAGAUUUUUGAAGCUGAAAAGAUUGGUUUACGAGGGAGAAAACAAAUUUACCAAGUGGGCGUUUAUAAUCUUUUAGGGGUAUUCAGAUACAGCUAUUAGUAUUUGGACAAACAAGGUGGGCUAGGUGGCCUUAUAUAAGCUUACAAACUUGAAAAGGAAACGGGCAGAUGCAUACGGCAACUUAAAGGAAACAUGGAGAAAUGGAGAACAUGGGUAGCUACAUUACUAUCAUGCAUAAUACGUGGGUAAUUCACCGUGCAGAUGACUUAGAACAUGGAGUUUGACUGGUGAUAACGGGUCAGCGGUCUUACGGCUCUGUGAAGAUGUUGAAGUCAUUGAUUUUGAAAGCUAGUUCUACUCAGAUAAAUUUCAGUGUUGCUCAAUUCAAUCAACAGCGAGGAUUGCACAGUAGAAAUAAAAUGGCAAUGGAAUAUAUCGCAAAAGGGUGGAAUGCAUUGAAGGAAGUUGACAGGGUGAUUAAUUAUUGUGAACCUAGAGAUAAACGCCUCAUUCCUCACCUUAAGACUGCAAAGGAUAAUUUUGAAAUGGCGCUAGAAGUUGAUAAUUCAAACACACAUGCCAGAUAUUGGUUAUCCCGACUGCUGAAAUACCACGUGCCUGGGCAAUGUAAAGCUAUAGGAGCUGCUUUAUUGGUGGAAGCUGCAGAUAUGGGUGAUGCAGAUGCUCAGUAUGAAUUGGGUCGUAAUUUAAGAAUCGAGAAUGAGGGCGUUCACACCGAUCAAACAGCUUUUUGUUAUUUGGAAAAAGCAGCCGACCAGUUGCAACCCGAUGCUCUCUACCUUCUCGGAGCCGUAUAUUUGACUGGCGAUUGUGUUAAGAAAGAUAUCGCCUCAGCGUUGUGGUGUUUUCAUCGAGCUUCAGAGAAGGGUCAUGCUGUGGCAGCAAUAGCAUGUGGAUCUCUUCUUAUUAGAGGCUAUGAACUUCCCACAUCGGUAACAAAAUUCAAUUUAGAAAACAGACGAUUGAGCAGGAAGUUAAAGAAGGAAUCGGGUGAACCCAAAUGUAACCCGAUCCAAUUGGCAAGGGAACAAUUUGAAAAUGCUGCAAAAUUAGGAAAUGAUCUUGGAUUUAGAUGGUUAAAAAGGCUCGAUGACGAAGAAAAGCGUUUUCUAGCUACAUAAAAAAUUGGUAAAACACCUGAUGCAUUUUUUAAAAAAUGGGUAUACUGUUUGUAGUUUUGUACCAACUACUUUUAUGUAGUACAUGAAUUUGUCCAAAAUCCCAGUUUACUUUUUGGCUCA